AUGACACAUUAUACAAUUCAUGUGUAUCUAACUGAUAAAACACAAAUUUUUCGUUUCAUUACUAGCUGUCAUCAUACAUUAUUCAAGAAUCUAAAUGAUGAGAAAAGCCAAGGAAUAAAUCGUUUUCUAUUUAUAUUAAAAUCUGUUUUUCAAAUUAUUUCCAAACUAACUGUAAGACAGAACAAAUUUAAUAGUCACACACCGAUCAAAUUCAUCAAUACUGAAUUCGAUUAA